AUGUCUAAUAUUUUGCAAGCUUUAAUGAUAAUCGGCCCUGUCCUAGGAUAUUUUGAUCAAAUUUAUAAAUUUCGUAAAACUAAAUCUAGUAAAGGUUUUUCUUUGGAUACUUCAGGAAUUUUGUUAAUUAGUAGGUUUGGCAAAAGAUUUGACAAUGUAUUAUUGUACCAAAGCAUUUUCAUGAUCUUCACUCAACUUUUGGUUUUACACCAAGCAAUCAAUUAUCGUAUCAAGACUCCUUCGAUUUUUAAUCCAUCACAACGUAAAUUUUGGAAUUGGUCUACUCUGACACCUUAUCUAAAAUUCUUGGCAUCUUUAACCGCAACUUUAUGUGUUUUGAGCUAUUUGUUCAAUGAUAAACAUUGGUUUGUCGAAUUAUUGGGAUUUCUGGUACAUUGA